AUGCUUAGAGGUAUCUUCCACAUUUGCCUCUUGGCAUCAUUUCUUCUUCUAUCAUUCUCCUCCGCCGUGUCCGAUGGUAACUUCACCGGCGGACCCGUUUCUCCUCCGCCGUGGGACCACAAUGUUACCCCACCGCCAAAAACCGCACCAUCCCCAUCCCCCACCACGAGUUCUCCUACCGCCUCACCACCAUCUCCUGGCCCAGCGGCUGCACCGUUUCCGACCGAAACCGGCUCUGUUUCCGGCGACAUGACAUGGUGGUGCAACAAGACUCCACACGCUGAGACAUGCAACUACUACUUCCGAAAUAGCCCACAUUACAACAUUAACCGACCACCAAGGCUCCGGUCCGAAUUUCUACGAAUGCUGGUCCGCAUAGCACUUGACCAAGCCGUCAUCACACACGCUCAAACCGUGAAAUUCGGUCCGAGCUGCACCAACAACCAAAGGAAAGCCGCUUGGUCAGACUGCGUAAAGCUCUUCCAAAACACGGUGGCUCAGCUUAACCGAACGCUCAAGGGACUUAACCCAACGGCUUCUAAUGAUGUCAAGUGUACGGACUUCGACGCACAGACGUGGCUCAGCACGGCUCAGACUAACAUCGAGACGUGCCGCUCCGGCUCAGAGGAUCUUAACGUCUCUGAUUUUGUUAUGCCGGCGAUCUCCAACAAGAACUUGUCGGAUUUGAUUGGAAACUGCUUAGCCGUCAAUGGAGUCCUCAUGAAGCAACAUAAUCACACGACUGCUAACCACAAAGAACUCUUCCCAAGCUGGGUCACAAGACACGAGAGACGAUUACUCGUAUCGGCCUCUUUAGCUAGAUCAAUACCCCACCUAGUAGUGUCACAAGACAGGUCCGGCCAUUUCCGAUCGAUCCAGGCGGCGAUAAACAUUGCAGGACGACGUAGAAUCAAGUCAAGAUUCAUAAUAUAUAUAAAGAAAGGUGUUUACAGAGAGAACAUUGAAGUCGGCAACGAUAACCACAACAUCAUGCUCGUUGGCGACGGCGAAAGAAAAACAAUCAUCACCAGCGGUAGAAGCGUCCAGCGCGGCUACACCACCUAUAACUCCGCAACUGCUGGAUUUGGAGGUCAACGGUUUGUAGCAAAGGACAUGACAUUCAUCAACACAGCAGGGCCAUUACGUGGCCAAGCAGUGGCGGUUCGAUCAUCCUCUGACCUAGCUGUUUUCUACCGUGUUGGUAUCCAUGGAUACCAAGACACGCUCUACAUUCACUCACAACGUCAGUUCUUUAGAGAGUGUUACAUCUCAGGCACCAUAGACUUCAUCUUCGGAAACGCAGCUGUUGUGUUUCAAAACUGCAUGAUUCUCGUUAGACGCCCUCUCCGAGGCCAAGCCAACGUUAUAACUGCUCAGGGUCGAGGUGACCCUUUUCAAAAUACAGGCAUAACCAUCCAUAGCUCAAGGAUAAUCGCAGCUUCUGAUCUGAGGCCUGUGAUUCGAGCCUACAAGACCUAUUUAGGUAGACCGUGGCAAGCGUAUUCGCGUGUCACGAUCAUGAAGACCUAUAUAGACAACUCGGUCAGUCCCUUGGGAUGGUCUCCUUGGUUAAGAGGAUCCAAUUUUGCUCUCAAUACAGUUUUUUAUGGAGAGUAUAAAAAUUUUGGACCGGGUUCUUCCACGAGGGGGCGGGUCCGGUGGAAAGGUUUCCACGCCAUAACCAGCGCUGCGGUUGCUUCCCGGUUUACUGUGGGAAGCCUUAUCGCUGGCGGUUCAUGGUUGCCUUCCACUGGCGUGCCGUUCAAGACAGGGUUGUGAAGAGA